AUGGCCCAGAUAUCGAGAGGUAAUGGGUUUAAUCUGGAUGUCCCCCAGCCAAAGGGGCUUGUGGGUAAAGAGGAAGCCCUCCGCAUGGAAGAGGAGGCUUUAGCAAAGCUCCAGAGGGACAAAAGACACACUCUUUCCUCAUCUCCCACUGGGGCGUCUUCACCCAAGUCAAACAAAUCCAAGACAGCUAAAGUUACUGCUGCAUUUGUUGCUUCUCAACGUUCGCCUGCCACCAAGAGACCAGAAAAGGACCUCAUUGUGUUCCCUGAGACCAAGAAGCAACCAGAGGCCAAUAAGUUCAGGGACAUCGAUGUGGACAAGUUGACCAAUGAAGAGUUGGAAAAGCUCCUCCUGGAUGAAAACUUUGGGGCCAACAGCAAAGUAUCUCGCCCUUCAUCGCUGCUGGGCUUUAACCUCAGUGCCUCCUACCCUGGCGGCAAUACAUGUAGCUCAUCUCCUUUCCAAGGUUCUCAAUGGACACCCAUCCUGUCCACUCCAUCGAGCUCCACCGGGUCUACGCCCACUCAUCAACCGCCACCGCUGUUCCCUUCCGCUCCUUUCCCCAAACCAGGGACAUUUCCGAAUGGCUUCACUCCAACCAUAUCGCCCUUCAUGGCGCUUUCUGCUCAGCAGCCAUCAUUCUUAGCCUUCUCUCCCAUCCAACCUGCCGUUACCGCCGCCACCACCAUGGUGUUCCCUCCACCACCUACGGUGGACCCUGAGAUGGCUAAGCUCUUUGAUAAGAUUGCCAGCACCUCGGAAUACUUGAAAAACGGCAAGUCGGCCUGCAUUGACAUAGAUUCCGGUUCGGCGUGUUCUGCCUCCCUGGCACCCAACCCGGUGACCCAACAGCCAGUGGCGACGGAAUCUGCGUGCAUCAGCCGCUUCGAGUGGCUGGAUCUUGACCCGCUGACUAAACGUAAAGCCGACAGCGAGGAAGCAGGCACGUCGCCGGGAGACGAUCCGGAGGUGGCUCAGGGGCUUUCUGCGCGGGACCCCUGGGAUGCAGUGUUGGAAACCGAAGGUAAAAGUAGUAAAAGCAGCCCCCCGCUUACAUCAGGGUCGGCCCGAUCGCAAGCUCGGAGGGCGUCCACUGGGGCUGCUGUCACCAGGAGCCACUCGCUCAACAUCCCCGGAACUUCCUCGCAGCAUAAAGCAAACAGUCAGGGCAAGGGUAAAGGUCUGGUGAAGAAUGACGCAUUGGAGCAAGAAGACGCUCAGAAUCUGGAAGUGGUAGCCUUCUGUAAAGAGGUCGCGAGCCUGCGAUCCAAAUUCCCUCACAGUGACACGGCCACCAACCCUGGCUACAUCCGCAGCCCUGUCAUCUCCCAGGGGGAGGCCAGAGGGGAUACCAGCUGUUCCGUGAAGGUGUCCAUCGAAAUCUCAGAGUCUCAGCAGCCUGUGACUUUUACAUGUGACGUUAACUCUCCAGUGGAGCUUCUGAUCAGUCAGACACUCUGCUGGGUCCAUGAUGACCUGGACCAGGUGGACUUCUCCAGCUACCUGCUCAAAGUGUGCGGCCGGGAGGAAGUGCUGCAGAAUAAAUACAGCCUGGGCAGUCAUGAGUACGUCCAGAACUGCAGGAAGUGGGAGAAUGAGAUCACAUUACAGCUGCUCUCACACUCCACCAUGAGACGGGACUUGGCUCGCACUGUGGAUGAUGACAAUGCCUCCAUAAAUUUGGAAAGACACCUGAGCUAUGUGGAGCGACCAUUUAAGGAGACUGCCACUAGACAAGGUCUGAUUGACUACCUAGAAGGUUAUCACAACCAAGUCAGCAUCUGUCUACAAAAUGAGAGUACCCAGUACAAGACUGUGGAUCGGGUAGUGCAGACGGUGAAGAACUUCUGCUGCGCUCUGGACGAAGUGGAGACACAGGCUGUUGCCGAGGCUGUCAAACGGCUGCGACACUCUGUCAACCUGCCCAGGACGCACUCGCCAAAGCUGGGUUCCCAGUCAUCUGGACAGGCAGCAAAUGAUCACGCCAGCCCAGUGGAUGAAAGCAUGGCUUUGCUCACCCAGGCUGUGUACGACCUUGCCAAGCUCUACCUUCGCUCCUUUUGUGCGCCAUCUACCUCCGUCACCUCUCCUUCGCUCAAAGGAGAUACGGCGAACGAGCUACGGAGCAGCAAAGAAGCCUCCGGAACCACAGACCACCUCCAGUUUACCCUCUUUGCCCUACAUGGUAUCCCGGCCAACUGGGUCAGCAGUUAUGAGAAAUACUUCCUGGUGUGCUCUCUCACCCACAAUGGCAAGAAUCUCUUCAAACCAGUUCAGUCUAAACGAGUGGGCACAUACAAAAGCUAUUUCUACCACAUCAAAUGGGACGAGCUGAUCAACUUCCCCAUUGCUGUGGCGGUCCUCCCACUAGAAUCCAUCCUGGGCCUGACUCUGUACGGCGUGCUCAACCAGAAUGCCGGAGGCUCUCCGGACUCCAACAAACAGAGGAAGGCCCCAGAAAUGCUGGGCAAAGUGUCAAUGCCGUUAUUUGACUUCAGACGAGUUCUCGCCAGGGGCACCAGACUGUUGUGUUUGUGGACAUCAGUACAGGGAGCCACUGCAGGCUCUGCAGGGGGCCGCAAAAAGUUGCCUACAGAGAGAAUUGUGCUGCAGGUGGAUUUUCCCAACUCUACGCUCGAUGUUUUGUAUGUGGGACCUCAGGAAGACCCCACUCCAGAGCCCAACCCAAUUGAGGAGCUUGACCCUGACCUCCGACGUAAACUGGAGAAAAUCUGCAGUCGAGCGUCUAAUUUUGGGCUGAAACGGGCAGACCACCAGCUCCUCUGGGACCACCGGCUCCACUGCCGGAGGGAUCACCCCAGCAGCCUGCCCAAGGUGUUGGCCAGUGCGCCCAGCUGGGACUGGGCCAGCAUGUCUCACAUCCACUCGCUGCUUCACUCCUGGCCCCCGUUGCCACCGGUCACCGCUCUGGAACUACUCGAUUCCAAAUUUGCUGACACCGAAGUGAGGCGGGUGGCUGUCAGCUGGGUUGAGGAGAGUACUGAUGACGAGCUGACUGACUACUUACCGCAAUUGGUGCAGGCUUUAAAGUUUGAAUGUCACCUCAAGAGUGCCCUCGUCAUGUUGCUGCUUUCCAGGGCGCUCGGCAACAUAAACAUUGCACACUACCUCUACUGGCUGCUCAAGGACGCCGUGCAGGAUGCGGCAUGGGGGCGGCGUUACGAUCGUGUGCUUGGAGCCCUGCUGUGCCUCUGCGGGGCGAAGCUGCGAGCCGAGCUGGAGAAACAAACGCAGCUGGUCACGUUGCUUGGAGCUGUGGCGGAGAGGGUGAGACAGGCUGGUGGGUCCACGAGACAGGUGGCUCUUCUAGAGGGCCUUGAGAGUGUUCAGAACUUUUUCCAGAGAAGUAGCUGCCGACUUCCCCUCUUUCCCAGUCUGGUUGCCAAGGAGCUUAACAUUAAAGCCUGCUCUUUCUUCAACUCCAAUGCCGUUCCUCUCAAGCUGGCUCUGGUGAAUGCUGACCCACUUGGGGAGGAGAUCAAUGUUAUGUUCAAGGUCGGGGAAGAUCUGAGGCAGGACAUGCUAGCGCUCCAGAUGAUUCGCAUAAUGGACCGCAUCUGGCUGCAAGAGGGACUGGACUUGCGCAUCGUUAACUUUAAGUGCAUCUCCACGGGCAAGGACAAAGGCAUGGUGGAGCUCGUGCCAUUCUCUGACACUCUGAGGAAGAUCCAGGUGGAGUAUGGUGUCACCGGCUCUUUUAAGGACAAACCGCUGGCCGAGUGGCUCCGCAAGUACAACCCUGCCGAGGACGAGUACGAAAAGGCAUCCGAGAACUUCAUCUACUCUUGUGCGGGCUGUUGCGUGGCCACUUACGUGCUGGGCAUCUGUGACCGCCACAACGACAACAUCAUGCUGCGUUCCACAGGCCACAUGUUCCACAUUGACUUUGGCAAGUUCCUCGGCCAUGCCCAAAUGUUUGGCAGCUUCAAAAGGGACCGAGCACCGUUCGUGCUGACCUCUGACAUGGCGUAUGUUAUUAACGGUGGAGAGCGUCCUACCAGUCGCUUCCAGUUGUUUGUUGACCUCUGCUGCCAGGCCUACAACCUCAUUCGCAAGCACUCCGGCCUUUUCCUCAACCUGCUGUCACUGAUGAUGUCAUCGGGGCUUCCAGAGCUGACUGGCUCUCAGGACCUGAAGUAUGUUUUUGACGCUCUGCAGCCACACAGUACAGAUGCAGACGCCACUAUAUUCUUCACCAGACUGAUCGAGUCCAGCCUGGGUAGUGUGGCCACAAAGUUCAACUUCUUCAUCCACAACCUUGCCCAGCUCCGCUUCUCUGGUUUGCCCGCCAAUGACGAGCCUAUCCUGUCCUUCUCGCCCAAGACUUACACGUUGAAGCAGGAUGGCCGAAUCCUCCAUGCCUCCAUCUUCUCUUUUCAGAAAAGAUACAACCCCGACAAGCAUUAUACGUACGUGGUGAGGCUACUCAGGGAAGCCCAUAACGAGCCCCAGUUUAUCUUCCGCACUUUCGAUGAGUUUCAGGAGCUCCACAACAAACUCACCAUCCUCUUCCCAUUGUGGAAGCUGCCAAGUUUCCCAAGUAAAAUGGUGCUUGGCCGCACCCAUGUCAAGGAGGUGGCCGCCAAGAGGAAGUUGGAGCUGAACAACUACAUUCAUAACCUGAUGAGGAGCUCGGCUGAGGUCACACAGUGCGACCUGAUCUACACCUUCUUUCAUCCGGUGGCACGGGAUGACAAGACAGAAGGUUUGGAGGCAGCCACAAAAGCUGAGCCCCCAUUGAGUCCCACAGCCGGCCGUGUAGAAGGGGAGGUGAAAUUGUCCAUCUCAUACAGGAACAGCACACUAUUCAUCAUGGUCAUGCACAUCAGAGAUCUGGUGUCUGAAGAGGGCACGGAUCCAAACCCUUACGUGAAAACGUACCUGCUCCCUGAUCCACACAAGGCCUCCAAGCGGAAGACCAAGAUCUCUAGGAAGACUAGGAACCCGACAUUUAACGAAAUGCUGGUGUACAGCGGCUACAGCAAGGAGACGUUGGGCCUACGUGAGCUGCAACUCAGCGUGCUGAGUGCCGAAUCCCUGCGGGAGAACUACUUCCUGGGCGGCAUUACUCUGCGCCUCAAAGACUUUGACCUGGGCAAGGAGACGGUCAAGUGGUACAAACUCACAGCUGUGCCCUACUUCUAA